GUCACACUUCUUCGAAGGACGGAUAGAAUCCACAUCGCCCCCUAGCGAAAAUAAGGUCCAAACCACUGGCACUGAGGUUUAUUGUUUUGUUAACGCUGAUCUAUAAAGUCAAUCAUUUUGAAGUGGCCUACAUAAUCUAAUGCGGAAAUGAAUUCAAGAUGUGUCCAUUCUUGCUAGUCCAUUUAUUUAGCUAACCGAAUUUCCGGAGGCGUGGUCUUCACCAUCUUUGAUUUCAGUAGCACCAGUUUCAGCAGGAAGAGCUAUCCAUUUAUAAAACUUAACUAGUAGCUACAUAUUCGUGUUUGUAGGAUACACUCCGAAAAUAAACCACCAAUAUGUUCAACAGGAUGACAAGCCUUUGGAUGGGUGAUCUGGACCCAUACAUGGAUGAGAAUUUCAUCAAACAAGCCUUCAGCACUAUGGGCGAGACGGCGUAUGGUGUUAAGAUCAUUACUCACAGAGUAACAGGUGGUUCAGCGGGCUAUUGCUUUGUGGAAAUGGCAGACGAAACCAGCGUUGAUCGAUGUGUUCACCAACUGAAUGGGAAGCUAGUUCCUGGAUCAAAUCCGCCCAGAAAGUUUAAGUUAAACUAUGCAACUUACGGGAAACGGCCAGAGGCUGGCCCGGAAUUUUCCGUUUUUGUGGGAGAUCUGUCUUCAGAUGUGGACGACUACCAGCUUCAUCAGUUCUUCUUGAAGAAGUACCCUUCCUGCAAAGGAGGCAAAGUGGUCUCUGAUCAGUAUGGUAACUCCAGAGGUUAUGGCUUCAUCAAGUUUGAAGAUGAGAACGAACAGAAGAAAGCCAUCGAUGAGUGUCAGAAUGCUUCAGGCCUGGGGACGAAACCAAUCAGGAUCAGCAUAGCUGUGAACAAGAGCCAUAAAAUGAACAGCUAUAACAACCAGAACCACAACUCCUACCACAACAAUUACCAACAGCCAUAUUAUCAACAACCCAACCAGAAUUACUACCCUCAGUGGGGCUAUGACCAGUACAACAGCUACAACUAUGGUGGGUACGGUCCCUACGGGGGGUACCCUCCUCCAGGCCCCCAUGGGAUGAUGGGACCCCCACCUCCCAUCGGCAUGCCCCCCAUGCCCACAGACAUGCAGACUUCCUCAGAGCAAACACAGGAGUCCACAGAUGAGCCUGAAGAAGAGGCAGCAGAAGAACCCAAUCCUCACCUGGAUGUGGAUGCACUGAACAAAGAAUACAUGGAGGGGAGUGAGGAGCUCUAUGAUUCACUAAUGAACUGUCACUGGCAGCCACUGGAUACCAUCACUUCAAAAAUCCCUCCUUUUUCCACUUCCUGAUCUGUUUCAACUUGUCCUUUGAAUUUAGUAUGAAGUGUAUUUUCUCCAAAAGAGCAGUCACACAGAAAAUGUCAGCGUUGUUUAAAAAAAAUAAUCACCAGUAGAGACUCAUUAUGUUUCUGAGCUACAUUAUUGGCCAUUUGUAUAUAUUGUCCACGUCUUUUGCUUAUUUUUUUCUGUCUCUAGAUUAUUAUUAUUAUUAUUAUUAGAUGUUUUUUUUGCCGAUACUUGAUUCUUUCAUUUUAAAUUGAUUAUAUCAAGUAACCAAUGUUCGUCAUCUCCCAGACACUUUGUUUUUUUUAUUUCACACUGUUUUGGGUACCAUCUUGUCUUCAGAAAGAAAAUGUAAAGAAAUGUUGGUGUAACUCUAUUUUUCAAAAAUGAAAAAAUAAUUAAACUUACAUUUAAGCUUGUAUUUCAAAAGCUUGCAUCUCACCUUUACUUUAGCUUAAUCUGUGGGUUUCUUUUUUCUUCUUUUAAAUGCAUUUACCUGUCAUUUUCAUGUUAUACAACUUGUCUAUUUGCCUUAGACUUGUAAUUCAUGUCAGCUUUUUUUUGUGCCUGUAGCUUUUGAAAUAAUUGUAUUAUUAAAGCUGACUUGGAGGGGAAAAAACAA